UUGGACAAAAUUCUAAGAUUACUGUAUAAUAUAACUGCUUUGGCUAACUGAGAAAUUCUUACGUUAUAUUAUCUGACUAAUAAAAAUUUGAUCAAGUCCUCGUUUGGUUUACCUACUUGCAAUGCUCUACCUAGAAAAUUAAUAUAAGCAAUGGACUCCCAAAAAGGAAAGUUCAGUGGAUUUGACCGAGUCUUAAGUGUUUGAGCUUAAGAUGUCUCAAUCUCUCGUCAUAUCAUUAUCCAUUCAGGUCAAGUCAAGAAAUGGGUAAUGGUCAUAUGUGGCGGCAAUCUGUAGAGUAUAUAUACCAUCCGCAAUCUUGCAAAUCUUUGUCCUAAGCAGUCUUCUUCGUCUGAUCGACUCCCCUUCAAUGGCUUCUUUAGUUCAGUUACUACUUAUCUGCUGCUGCUUCAUUUCCAUCUCCUCCUCUGUUGCAAAAACGUCAUCAAAACCCAAGGCACUCUUCCUCCCUGUUUCCAAAGAUGCCACUACUCUCCAAUAUGUAACCCAACUGAAUAUGGGAACCCCUCUUGCCCAGAAGGACUUUGUGGUCGACAUCGGAGGCCGCCACUUAUGGAUGGAUUGCGACGAUGGGUCAUACCACUCAUCAACUUACAAACAAAGUUUUUGUGGUUCAGCUUCAUGCUCUGUCGCCAAAGCCACUUGUGGUGGUGCUUGCUUACCUGGUCAUCAUAGACCAGGCUGCAACAACGAAACUUGUUAUGUCCUCUCUGAAAACACAGUCAGAGGUGGAUAUGAAGUUGGAGAUGUUUCCAGAGAUACAAUUGCCCUCCAAUCCACGGACGGUGUAAAGGCCGGCUCAUCUGUUUCUAUUUCUGAUUUUAUCUUCGCUUGUGCAAAUGCUUGGGAUCUUAAUAGUCUUGCUAGUGGCGCUAAGGGAAUGAUUGGACUAGGAAGGGAACGAAUUGCUCUGCCAACCCAACUUUCUUCUGCAUUUGGUGGAAGCUUCCGGCGUAAAUUCGCCAUAUGCUUGCCUUCCACUUCCAAAUCCAAUGGUGUCAUAUUCUUUGGUGAGUCUCCAUACGUAUUCUAUCCCGGUUACAAUACAUCAAAGGCCAUUGACGUCUCGUCAAGAUUCCAACACACACGACUCUACCUCAACACUAUAUUCACAGGAUCAUCCGUUGUUAUACGAGGACCCCCAUCGCCAGAGUAUUUCAUCAAGGUCACAUCUAUUAUGGUAAACAAAAAACCCAUUCCCAUAAACUCAACGUUGCUGGAGUUUAAAGAGACGGGCAAGGGUGGAGCGAAAUUAUCCACAGUGGAACCUUACACCAAGCUAGAAACCUCUAUAUACAAGGCUCUGGUUAAGGCGUUUGAUGAGGAGAUUGCAGUUUGGAAUGUGAGCAAGGUGGCGCCCACGGCCCCAUUUACAGAUUGCUAUACAAUGGGAAAUAUGGGAAUGACAGGUCUUGGAGUUAGUGUCCCCGACAUUGCUCUGGGGUUGGAGAACAAUAAAGAUUUGUACUGGGAAAUGUAUGGAGCUAAUUCAAUGGUGGAGUUGAGUAAAGAUGUAGUGUGCUUAGCGUUUUUGGAUGGAGGUGAUGAGCCAAUAAUAACAACACCAAUAGUGAUUGGGGCACACCAGUUGCAGGAUAAUCUCUUGCAGUUUGAUCUGGCUUCUAACAGACUGGCUUUUACUUCCACACUUCUGUGGGAAGAAGUCCAAUGCUCCAACUUCAAAUUCUAGUUUGUCACUGUCUAUUAAUUUGCAGUUUGAUUUUGUGUAUUAUCAGUAAGUUUGAUUGGCUUGCUUCCUCUCUGUUUGGCAUGCUUUCACUAUCUUUAUUUCUUUCACGAUUCAAAUAAAUUUACUUCAAAUGUAAGAGUUUUUGAUAUUCAAUAAAGAGAAAACUUCAAAUGUAA